GCAGGUUUUCAGUGGGUUUUGGUGAAUUCCACCGGGGGUUUCGGGGUCGUUAUUCUCCACUAAGUACGAAUGCUGCAAGUUCAAAACGAAGGGCGAUGGCGCACGGCUGGAUUGCCGCGCCUCGCGGAGGAGCUUAUUUGGCGAUCGUGUACGUGUCGGAAGGCAGGUGCCCGUCCAAGGUUCGCGAGUUGGCCACAUUGGCGUCCACAGCAGCAGCUCGCGUGAGGUCACCCACCGCACCUCCAGCCCUCGUGGCGCACUCAUUCGCAGACCCGACGUACAACAGGACAAGCUUCUUCUUCGUUGGGUCGCAGGUCGCGGCAUCCGCCAGCGCAUUCGUCACAUCGGUCCUCGCGACGCUAGACUUUUCUCGUCAUCGCGGCACGCAUCCGACACUGGGAACCGUCGACCAUGUGUGUUUUUCGCCACUGGGAACUGCGACAUUGGAUGAAUCGGCGGCAGAGGCCUCGUCGUUUGCAUCGUCGCUACAAUGUAACGAACCGACGCUUCCGAUCUAUGCCUACGGUCCGGUCUUAACGGGUCUGCGGCUGCGGGACAUCCGAAAGAGGUUGGGCUACUUUUCAGCCAAAGAAACCUGUGGCGCACAGACGAUCGCUGCGCUGAUGACAACGGUGAGAGAGCACCCUCCGACCACCGCGUGGCGAAGAGUGCUGGCUCAACAGUCCAGUCACGACGAGCUGUGCCGUCAAGACGUAUCUCCGGCGAAGCACGGCGUCCUCUGCGUCGGCUCUGUGCCUUUCGUCCUCAACUAUAACCUGCGCUGUCGCUUGCAGGAUCCUAAAGUUGCCGUAGCGAAGAUCACAAGCGCAGUGCGGUGUCCCGAGGUCGAAGCGCUCACUCUACAACACCGCGACGGCGCGUACGAGGUGGCAUGCAAUUUGCUGGACAGUCGAAGCGUACCUCCAGAAACGGUGCUCGCGAUUGCCGCAGCGGCUGCCAACGACGUGGGGGCCGCAAUCACCGACGACUACUUCACUGGGCCAACCGAGACCGCUCUGUUGGAUGCGUGGCGCACUCAUGCGUGCGGCGAGGACUGUCCAUGCUAACUCAUUCAAAAGCAAGGCUCGAACGAGCCAUCGUCGUGACUCGUUUGUGCGGUGGAUGGGAUUCAUUUGACGCUGCUCCACACAUGCCAGCAAAGGAAGGCACGG